GCCUGUCAUUCUGCAAAAACACAGUUUACUCAACACACCACACACACUCGCACACGCGCGCACACACGCGCAGCCCGCCCGCGCGCACACGCACGGGGCGCGAGCGAGCAGACGCGCACACCGGCGAGCCAAGUUCCGCAGCCUGGCAUGGCUUCUGGGGACCUUUACGAGUUCUCCAGAAGUGGCCUUUGGCCAGAGUGACGACAGGAAGGUUCAGUGCCCACCCCUCCAUGGCCUCUGUCCAAGCAUUUGACCCUCCCAGGGAUGGUCUUGCCCGAGGAAGACUGCAGAGGCAGAAAGCGGCAGAAAGGAGGGUGUUGGCAGCCACCCUGCCAGAAGAAACUGAUUGCCACCCCGGUCCCAGAUGUCCUGUGCUCUCCCCUGCCCUGCUGGGUGUUUGGAUCAGGAUGUUCCAACUCGGAGAGGAUGGUGGAGCCAGUCGAGCACUCGCUGAGAUCUUAGAGGUGGAAAGGAUCGUGGACAAGAGGAAGAACAAGAAGGGGAAAUGGGAGUACCUGAUCCGGUGGAAGGGCUACGGGAGCGCGGAGGACACGUGGGAGCCGGAGCACCACCUCCUGCACUGCGAGGAGUUCAUCGACGAGUUCAACGGGCUGCACGUGUCCAAGGAGAAGAGGGUCAAGUCCGGGAAGCAGCCGGGCAGCUCCAAGCUCCUGCGCGAUGGCCGCGGCCCCCCGGUGGAGAAACUCGCCCACAGGCCCCCAGAGCCGGGCAAGAGCAAGGCGACCUCCCACAAGCGGAAGCGGAUCAACCCUCCCCUGUCCAAGCUGAAAAAGGGGUGCUCGGGCAAGCCCCCCGCGGGGGGCGACAGGGCCGCCAAGACCGUGUCUUACAGGACUACGCCCAGCGGCUUGCAGAUCAUGCCCCUGAAGAAGGCCCAGAACGGGGUGGAAAACGGGGACGCCGGCCCCGAGAAGGACGAGAGGCACUUCGGAAACGGGUCCCACCAGCCCGGCCUGGACUUGAGCGACCAGGUUGGAGAGCAGGACGUGGGCGAGUGCGACGGGAGCCACGCCGCCACGCUGGCGGAGAAUGGGCUCGGCUCCGCCCUGACCAACGGGGGCCUGAACCUGCACAGCCCCGUGAAGCGGAAGCUGGACGCGGAGAAGGACUACGUCUUCGACAAGAGGCUCAGGUACAGCGUCCGCCAGAACGAGAGCAACUGCCGGUUCCGCGACAUCGUGGUGCGGAAGGAAGAGGGCUUCACGCACAUCCUACUGUCCAGCCAGACCUCGGAUAACAACGCACUGACCCCCGAGAUCAUGAAGGAGGUCCGGCGCGCGCUCUGCAACGCGGCCACGGACGACAGCAAGCUGCUGCUGCUCAGCGCCGUGGGCAGCGUGUUCUGCAGCGGCCUGGACUACUCCUACCUGAUCGGCCGGUUGUCCAGCGACCGGCGGAAGGAGAGCACUCGGAUCGCGGAAGCCAUCAGGGACUUUGUGAAGGCCUUCAUCCAGUUUAAGAAGCCCAUCGUGGUGGCCAUCAACGGGCCGGCCCUGGGCCUGGGCGCCUCCAUCCUGCCCCUCUGCGACAUCGUGUGGGCCAGCGAGAAGGCCUGGUUCCAGACGCCCUACGCCACCAUCCGCCUCACGCCCGCCGGCUGCUCCUCGUACACCUUCCCCCAGAUCCUGGGCGUCGCGCUGGCCAACGAGAUGCUGUUCUGUGGGCGGAAGCUCACCGCCCAGGAGGCGUGCAGCAGGGGGCUGGUGUCGCAGGUCUUCUGGCCCACCACCUUCAGCCAGGAGGUCAUGCUUCGGGUCAAGGAGAUGGCGUCCUGCAGCGCCGUGGUGUUGGAAGAGUCCAAAUGCCUCGUUCGGAGCUUCUUGAAAUCGGUGCUCGAGGACGUGAACGAGAAGGAAUGCCUCAUGCUCAAGCAGCUCUGGAGCUCCUCCAAGGGCCUGGACUCGCUCUUCAGCUACCUGCAGGACAAGAUCUACGAAGUCUGAAGGGCCCGGCUCGGCCGCCCCCGCGCCCGUGCUCGAGGGCGCCUGACUCCCGGCUCCGGCCCGCGGUCCGGGGAAUCGGAGCACGCGUCCGCCCCGGCCGAGGAGCUGGUGGUCACGGUGUCUCUUUAUGCCUAGGGUUGUGUCCAUUUCCUCGUGUCGUUCGGUUCCUCCUCAUUGGUUUGCUUUCGUGUAACAGAUGGGAAACGCAGCACACUUGGCCUGCCCCGUGUCCCCGCCCCGCCUGGCCGGAGGGCUCUCGAGGGCUGUGUCUUCCCAGGGCUCUGCCGGGCGCCGCUGCCCUCGCCCCACUUGCUGAAAUGCACCGUCACGGUCCAGGAAGGGAAAAAGGCCACUUCCCCCGUCCUUCCGACUCAGGCUGUGUCCACACAGUGCCUCUGGUUUGGAGACUUGGCUGUCACUGCUCUCUGGUGACGUUCAGAUCUGGUGUCAGGGGACGGUCAGUCUUAGGCAAGUUCCAGGCCGAUGAGCAGAAGGGUGGCGUCCACCCAGCUUCAGUCUCCGGCGCAAACCUGUGUGUGGCUAAUAGGGCUUGGUCUUAAAACCCAAUCGAGUGAUUUACAAACCCAGAUAUUGUACAUUUAGAAAUGUUUUUGUUAAAUAUAUAUUUUUAAAAACGACGUAAGUGGAAAAUUCUGAUAAUUUAUGUGUAUUAUAUGUAAAGCUAGUUUUGCAAAAACAUGAACUACUAGGAAAAUGUUCUUUCUUUAAUCGGACUUAUUUUUAUUUAUUUAUUUUUGUUUAUAUAUUGUGAUAUCUGUUGUUCACACAGAUAAACUAUUUUCAUACUUGCCCUGGACCAAAUCCCGUACCCGAGGUUCAUGCUGUUUGGUGCAUUCUAGCAAUGAACCACUUAGAGAUAAAAUUCAGGGAGAUGGAGACGGAUGGAUUUCUGUGGAUAAAAAGGAAUAGCUCUACACCAAAUCCUCGAUGUGUAAAAACGGUUCUCAGCUGUUAUAAUCUAAUACAAGUUGCCCAGGCUUAUCCUUAGGAGAGAUCAUGGGAGAGUUUUCUCCUCACUCUGCCACCUUUAAGGCGAUAGAUGGUCCUGAAACAGACCCCAGUCCCUAACUGUGUGACAUCAGGGUUGGGUGGGGCACAGGCCCUGCCUGAGGACAGCAUAGUGUCUAGAGUAAGGCUUUUCUUUGAGACAAAUGACUGAACUUGGCUCUUGGAGUUCACUUCUUCCACGUGGUCAGUGAUUUCCGGUGGUGGCCUUCCGGCGGGGAAGUGUCCCCGCUCUGCUAAGAAGGUGUGAAUCUUUUUGCCACCAGAAGCCUGAGUGACCCACCUUUUCUCUAGUUGUUUGCUCACGUAAGGGAGCGAUGAGCAGGGAGGAGGUCUCCUGGCCCCGGUGCCCCUGGGCUGCAGCUGUGGUCAGACGGUCAGCCUCAAGUCCCUGGAUCAGCUGUGGACAGGGCAGGGUUUGGGGUGUGGCUUUGGUUGGUGAGGAGAAAAGUUAGACUGUCAGGAUGGCGGAUUUUCCCCACUUCCAGCACAACCUCUGAGUAUUCCCGGAGGCUCUUUGCUUUCCUUUUCUUCUCUAUUCCUGUUAGGUGUCUGCAUCCCUUGGCCCUUCCUCAGCGAGAGGGGAGUGAGGCAGCAGGAAGUGGGCACAGCCGGCAGAGGGGGGUGGGCUGGGAGGAGGGAUCAUGGUUACAGUUCUCCAUCUCUCUCUCUGGUCCUUUAUCUUCUUCUGCAGGUGACCAGGUGCACUGGGCGCAGGGCAGGUGGAGGGAAUCCGUGGCCCUGAGCUUUGAGUUUGAAAGAACAGGUUGAGUGUCUCUUCUAGAGCUAGAGAUGGGACUGUCCAGUUUAUCUGGACUCCUGGGCCUUAAGAUGCCCUUGGUUCCCUCUGUGGAAAGUCUCUCUCCUUUAGAGUUCAUGAGCAUCGAGAAGAAGAGGAGACCGCCCCUUUUCUCCUCCCUUCUGCUCCAGGCUGUGCCAUCCUGGCCAUGGGGAGCUGGAAGGGACAGCCACCCUGGUGGAAUCCAGCCAAGGAAGAUGGGAUUGAAUGGAAAUGAAGUCCUGUGUACCCUACCCCUUGUCCACGUAGGAUCCUGUAGGGACCGCAGACCUGUGCUACAGGGGAUUACUACAGGGAAGCACCUGCUUUCACCCAAAUGUGUGUGUUGUCACAGUUCCACCUGGGUCGUGUCUCCUCCUUUGAGCAAGCAAAUACGUGCUUUCCAAAAUGCUCGGACAAACACUGUUCUUGUGUGUCGUGGCAGAUAGUCUACUGCUAAGUCCCCUGUAGAAAGAGCCCCUUGUUUCAACUCUGCAACGUCUGGUUGGGAGCAGUCAUAUUCAACAUCUGCGGGAGUGGUAUCAGGAUUCUAGUUGGAGAUGGAAGGGGAUGUUUAGAAAUUCCUUUUGAUCAGCCUUCACCUUUGUUCCCUGCUGAGAGAACCAGAAAUGUCUUAGCUUUGGAUGUAUUAUCAAAUCUAAACCUGUAACCAUGUCGAUGAUCUCUGAUGACUGAGGCAGGAAUGCAAAACCAUCCCUAAGGCGGAAUUCAUGCCAUUGAUUUGUAAGUUCUGGGUGUAACAGGGGGCAUUUAAAAAGACAGUCCACAUUUUGGUUUCUGCAUACAGGCCACUCGAUAAGCGUAUCCCACCCAUCGGGCCAAAGCAGGUGCUGUCUGUUUGCUACAGGGUAGACAGAACCACUGACUUUUUCUCUUUCUGGGUAGUUGUUGUGACAAUGUCUAGGUGAAAUCCAGGUAACUUACAGCCAGUCCAUCUGGGAUGGAAAACACCAGACCUAUGGUUGUGUCUUGGUUUGGACACAUGGCUUGCUCAGACUUUCAGUUUCCAUCUUCCACAUCGGUGCCUUUCUCCUCUCUCUCUCUCCACCCUCCUUUGUCCCCACCCCAUACAUCAUUCCCCGGAGCCUGGGAAGGUCUUUGAGGAGUUGUGACUGGUCUUGGCAGCCCCAUCCCAGAAUUACCUUUAGGUCUGGAAGAAUAGCUAUGGGUGGGAAGUUGAGGGCACCUCUUUAUUCAGGGACCCUUCCAGCAUGCCUCUCCUCCUGGCCAUGCAUCCUCUUGGCCAUGCUAAGAACUCCCCUUCUCUCUCUGCCUCAGCUCCUGAGGGUGGUUUACUCCCAGAAUCUUGUAGUAGAACCGUCAAGAGUUAACAGCUCCAUUCCAAGAGGACUUUUUGCAGAACUUUCGUUAAGGUGGUCAGACCUCCUCGCCAUUUGGAAGCCACACCCUAAUACUGAUGCACUCACUUGUCCCUUCCGGCAUAGAAAUAAUAAUGUCUGUGGGUAAAAACCGUCAAAAUCACUUGUUAAGAUGAAAUUGGAUAACUAUGAGAAAGUAGUUGAGAAUUGAUUUAAACUAUUAUCCUAUUGUUUGGUAUAGAUUAAACUAGGAAAUGUUCUCUCUGAAGCAUGAAACUAUGUUUUUAACCCCCGUAUGAAGUUUAGUAAGAAGAUGGAGAAAUAAUAAUCACCAUAGACUUUGAACAAUGCAACUGUAUCUCUGAAUAUCCACAUUUAAAAAUAGCCUUGACUGAAUGCUGAAUUGCAUUUCCCAUUAUUAAUUGUUGGUUUAAAGGAUUUUGUAAACUUUUUUUAAUUUGGAAUUGAGUCACAUCCAUGCAAUUUUCCAAUCUGGUUUCUGUGGAAAUUUUUUUUAACAAAGAGAAACAAAUAGAAACGUCUUCAGAUCUUCUUAAGUGAAUAUUUAAAACUCAGAAUUGCUUCUCUUUUGUGUUUCUGUAUUCAGAUACUUAGAUCUGGUGUAUAUAUUAGUCUAGACACUCUCACUAAUAUACACAGUAUUUAAGACUCUAAAUGAGAUUUCUUAAGUAUUUUGUUUUAUUCUCUGUAAAUGGUUUUGUAUAAUCUUUAAAAAUCUACACUUUGCCUUUGUAGAUAUUUAAGGGAAACCAUUUGGGAUUGUCUUGCAUGUAUAUUUUUGUUGUAGAUAAGUGUUGCUUAGUUAUUUCUGCAAAUUUUGGUUGAAAUGCUUACAGACUUUAAUACAGUAUAUAUUUUCAAAAUAUAAACUUUUAUAUUUCUGUGAUAAGUUUAGGAUAUGCGUUUUAGGCAAUCUUUUCCAUUAAUACCACUUGUUCUUUCAAAAAAUAGCAUACUAGUUUGGUGCCAACUUUUUUUUUUUUCUUUUCCUCCAUUAGACUCUAAUGCUCUUAUAUUGUCAGAGAGCAGGUUAAUUUUCUUUUCCUUGAAGUCAUUGAGUUUGAAGUAUAAUUUGGAAAUGUAUCGAAUUUGUGAAUAAGCCUUACCAUUAGGAUCGGUAAAUUUUCCAACCUUUGCAACUACAUGCGUAGUUUAAGAUCUCCCCAUAAAUUCUCACUGUGUGGCAGUUGAUGGAGUUUGUGAACAGAGCCUUAAGCUUGUUGCAAAAAAAAAAAAAAAAGGGUAAUACGGGUUGUUUCCUCCAUGCAACGUAAGCCAUGCUGAUGGGCGCAAUUCUGUCUGUGAUUCAUGGCUAAUCUGAAGAGUUUGGUUGAGUUGAUGGCGGCAGGGACCAGAUAGACACCUUGGUGAUUGUCUUUGGCCAUAGGAAUGGACCAAGGACAGGUUUUCUGGAGCCCCCUUCGUACUAUUCACGUGGUUUAGACACAGUCAUAGGGAAGGCUGCUGGUUCAUCAUUUGUUCCCAAAAAACGGCAUUUCCCGCUCCUGACCCCAUUCCUGGCUCCGGCCCCGGGUUCCUUGUAGGUAACUUGGAAAUGUCCAGUCUGGCUGGGGUCAGCUCUCCUUCAGAGAUGCCAGCAAAGUUUACAUGCGAGUCCUGCUGUGUAGACAAUCUGAAGUCAAAUUUUAGUUACACAAUCAGCAUUCCCGUGUGUCCUCAGUGUCUUAUCGAUGAACAGUGUGUGUGUCAAGCCAUACGAACCUGGAGUUAGCAGGGCAAAGGCAAGCUAGAUGCAGAAAGUACGUGUCAGCUGAGUCAGUCUACCCAGGGCUGUCUGCAAAGCACAUAAGUCACGGAGCUUAUCUGCCGCGGGUCCGCUGUGCCUGGGAUCUGAUACAGCCACCCAGAAUUUAGACUUAAAUUUUAUGCAUGAUGAUUCCUUUUAGUUGUUCACACUGCAGUAGUCCAGGGCUAUAUAGCAAGGCUGAAGUCAAGGUAUUUGGUCCAUCCCUAGAAAGUGUUGAUAAAGUCAACUCAUCAGCCAUGAGCAUGGAGAUCUGCUUCCAAUGUUUGCAAUGAGAGUGGCAGUCAGAGAAACCGAUACCUAGUUUUGAGCAUCAGCUCUGGUACCCCUGUGGCUUGACCUUGCCUCAUGGAGCCAGCAUCGGGCCUGCUGCUGGAGCUCAUUAAGUCGACCGUGGGAAGUUUGGAGGGUGUAGAGUUUUUCCAUCUAGUAUUUAAUUUGUCCCUGUGCCAUUAGUCCCAGCUUGAAGUCAUUUGCCAAUGUCUACGUUGACAGGAAUUGUGACAAUAUUGCCUUUCAUAAAACCAAGGACCAAAGAAUUCCAUUAUUCCAACAAAGCACGAGUUUCAUAGACCGUGGGCACGUCCGGACAGAGACGGGCGUACGCUUGGCGGUGCAGAGAAACUGCUCCCUUCCAGCGACCUCCCGCUCCCCCUGGCUGGCCAUGCAGAGGGAUUAGUUGUCACAUUGAGAAGGCUCUGAAAGAUGAGUUUCUAGCAUUGAAACUCACGAUCUCAGGUGGAUGUGUCUGUUCUGUAGUCCCAAGGCUUUAUCCAUGUUGUGAAAAAAGGGGAGGUCUGGCAUUCCUCCGGGUUAUCUGGCCAGUGUAGACUCUUCCAUCUGAAUGUGAACCUCCCGAGUGUAUUUUUCAGAUGCGUCUACACUGAACGGUAGGAUCCUGCAGUUGCCAAAUUUCUGCCUCCUUUUGUUCUGCAUCGCCCCAUUUCCAAUUCCUGUUUGGUAUGGGGAGCUUUUUCUUCAGUUCUCAUACAAGGUGGUGCUCCAUUGUCCUUCAUGAUGGAAUCAUCGAUCCAUUGACCAGUUGAGAAGUGACUGAUGGCGAGGAAGUGGUGUUCUACUGGUAAGGCUUAUUACCAAACCUCUGAUAAUGAAGCAGGCUACCAAAAAAAAAAAAAAAAACAUAUCCAGCCCACCCUUAGGAGUGUUUGGAUUUGAUCAUGGAUGUAGCACACACACCAAAAUCCACCGAGACCUUUGCAAAAGUAGGCUACUCGUUUUAUUUUGCCAGAUUAUCAUGGGAGAGUCUUUAACUAGUUCUGAAUAUUUGUAAGUAUGAGUACUUCAUAGGAUUAUAAAGCAGGUACAGCUGACCCUUUCUCACCACGCUGUAAAUAUUUCCCGAGACUGGGUGCAGUACUGAGGGGUAAUAAUCUUCUGAUUUAUCAAAUGCUGACUGUCUAGAGCAAAUUGUACACUCUCUUUGUGAAUGGUCCUGUAACGUGUAUGAACACAUUUCUGGGUGCCUUAGAAGUUGUAUUUUUCAUGUGUGCUAAUAUGCAGUAUUUAUACAUUGUGAGAAGCUGCUUUGAAUAAAAAGGUUGAAACUUCGUCU